UUGCGAUUUUGACGGUUCCCGUUUUCUAAACAUCGAAAAUUGAAGGAGAAGCAAAACAAAACAAAACAAGUGUUUCGUAUCCCGCAAUCCUUCGAUUCUAUUCGGAUAGCCGCCCGUAAAAAUUAUUAUAUUGGCCAGGAAUAGUUCCAGAAUCUGCAAUGGAAAUCGUCAACCCAAACGCUGCCAUUCUGACCAACUUCGAGGUUAUGGCAACGCUUAAAAACACGAAAAGCAGCAAGAAAAAGCACGGCCUCCGGAACUUGGCCACCAUCACGUACGAAACGCUACAAUACCUGGAGGAUACGCCCUGCAAGGAACAAACCUCCGAAUCGGUAGUGGAAUUCCUCCAGAGCAUGAAACAGUUCAACCUGACGAAGAAUGAGUGUCUGAUGAUGAUCAACGAUCCGCCGGCGUCGGCGCUGCACAUUCAGAUCAUGAUAGAAGACUCGGACGAGCGGCUAACCGAUGAACAGGUGAACCACAUUCUUGAAUGUGCGGCCAAACUGCGAGUGGAAACGGGUCAACAGACAGAAGGUCAAGAAUAGAAGGUAAAUGAGUUCUUUCGUUUCUUAUAUUAAGAAAUAGGAUAAAUGUUUAAAAGAGUUUAUUACACUUACUGGUUACACGCGAAGAAAGAGGAA